CACGCGUCAGAUCGAAACUAGGCCGCUUUCACACCCUGCCCAAAACCGCCCCGAAAAGUGGACCCCCUGCUAUCCACACUCCCCCAGUGGCUGCAUAAUGACCUUCAUCCUCAAGAACUCCUGGGUCCAGCCCUGGGUCCCCACCCUCGUCAAAGAGUCCCUCGGCAUCGGCCAUCUCGACGGCCAUCUCGACCGUUUCAACAUCCCCUACACAAAAGAAGAGGAAGCCUUCGAACGCCAGCCCUACUUCACGGGCGACAGGCACACCGACUUCAACGAGCACAAGAUCUUCAGCGCGACAUGGGAUAGGAGCGAUCGGACAGCGGUGGCUGAUGUCAUUCAGGUGCAUGGGCUGCAUGACCAUGCGACGCGAUGGGCGGCGACACCGUGGCCGAAGGCUAUCCUGGACGCUGGGUUCCGAGUUACGAAUAUCGAUUUGAUAGGGCACGGACGGUCUUCCGGACUGCAUGGAGCGUUCACGUCCAUUGACGAGCAAGUAGACGCCGUGAAAACCGUGUUGCUAGAAGUAGUCAAAAAACUCCCACCCACCAAAUCCAAAAAAGUGUUUCUGCUCGGCGGGUCGUUGGCGGGACUCAUCCUGCUGACCUACUCCGUGACGUACGGCAAAGACCCGAAAGCGAAACCGGACGGGAUGGUCGUGCUCUGUCCGUUGGUUGACGCGGCGGCGGACUCGAGGCCGUCGUAUGUGGUGGAAUUGAUUGCCAAGGGGUUGUCGUAUUUCACACCUUUUUUGCCGCUUGCGGAGGCGAAUCGGGGGAAGAAUUCGACGGAUCCGAGGAUGGAAGAGCUUUUCUUUGAGGAUCCGUUAACGUAUCACGGACGCCUGCGCAUCGGCACCGCGUUGGCGCUGCUGAGAGGUUUUGAAAGAUUGCAAAAGAACCUAGAGAACGUCGAGACCCCAUUCAUCGUCAUUCACGGAGACGCCGACCGUGCUACAAGUCCCGAAGGCUCAAAACUCCUCCAUGCAAAAUCCCGAGCAAAAGACAAAACGCUGCGCAUCGUGCCUGGCCAACAACACGAUCUGUGCCGCGAACCCAAGUCGAGGGAGAUAUUGGCGGACUCUAUUGAGUGGUUGAAGAAGCGGGUGUAGGACAGGGGAAGGGAUUAUGGAUGAUGGGUUGGAUUGGAGUGGGAUUAUGCACAUACAUUACGUGCUUUUUUGAGUUAUUAAUGGAUGGUUAUUAAUGGGUGUCUGCGAUAAUAAGUACAUACAUAUCGGUUGGCC